AUGGGCGCCAGCAAGCAGCUCUGCGCCAAGGAAGUCGCCGCGCGCAUCCAAGAUCUCCACGAGGCCGGCAUCCGUUUUGUUUUUUUCUCAUCGCAAGGAGAAAAGCGAACGCGAGCGCUCGGCGCUGCCUUCGGCCUCGAGACAGGGUGGAAUUGCAUCAUUUCGCUCCAGCCGUCAGCCACGGGCGACACCUCGUACGUAAACAUGGAUGGCAAGAUCGUCCUUCCGUCGGGUAUCGCCGCGAUUCGCCAGCAUGUGCGGGAAGUGGAUAACGUGCCUCUUCAGGUUUCGCUCUUCUGCAACGCGACGCCGGACACCGUGCAGGAAAUGAUGCAAGUCCUCCAAGAAAACAACGAAGUCAUGACCUGCGUCGGAAGCUGCUUGCGGAUGAGCAACUUCCCCCUCUUUGAACAGGCGAACGCAUCGAUCGCCACCUUCGUCGCCCCCGACGCUCGCUGCAGAUUCUGCGGAGGGCGGUGCUCGAAUUUUGCUUACCACAGUCUGCUACCGACGCUGCAUCCGUCGCUGGCCUUCGCCGCGGAUAUGAACUCGCUGCCCUGUGCACUUCAGCAAAGCACAUAUCCAGUUGCGGACCCGCACGUGACGAUGGCGGUUUUGUACGAGGCAUUCCGCGAGUCCCGGCGGCUGGUAGACUCGAUUCAGCAGGCCCUCACGCUGAGUCUGUCGUCCGCGAUCUUCCUCUCGCUCUUCUUCCUCUUCAACGCCUUCGCCUUGGUCCCCAAUCUGCUCGACUUCGCCUCGCUUGUCCUCUUUCUGCUUCUCUUUACUCCGCUCCUUUCUCUCGCUCUGCUCGCGAAUCCAAAAACCGACAAACUCAUGAAGGAACAUCCCUACAAACCGAUGGACAACGCGCAAACACGUCAUCAGCUCGUCGUCGUUUUUAUGCACUUCGCCUUCCGGCUAGUACCCUCGGUCAUCAUCAUCUCCGCGCUCACGCUUGCGUACAUGUUCGACCUGGGGCAGGCGCUCUACGCGCAGCUCCACGAGGAGAUUCGCCUGCGCGCCUCCGCGGACGCCCUCUCCGCGCGGUCACCGGCUGCGCUCUCUGUGUCUUCCACGGCGUUCUCCGCUUUCUCUGAGCCGCAGAGUUCGUCUUCUGCGCUGCUCACUCGCCUCCCCUCCGACGCCGCGGAGGCGCUCCUGCGGCCGCGACGCCUUUCGGCAGCGAGCGAGGAGACUGCGGCUGGCUGGGCACCUGACGACCGGGCUUGGCGCGGUGCGGCGGGGCUCGAGCCAGGAGCGGGGGGCGCCCGCGACGGGCGCGAAGGCCCGCUGGGGAUGCAGCGGCGUCUGCAGGCGACGGAGGACGAGGCAGUUGCGAUGCUGCUGCCCUACCUCGAGAACAAAUGCAAUCGGUUCCGGUUCGACCCUUCGUGGCUCUCGGGCAAAUGGCUGGCUUGCAGCGACGCGAUAGAGGAAGUCGGCGCAGCGCUGGGCGAGGCGUGCUUCGUGCGCGCGACGAGUUCGCCUCUCGUUUUAGGAGAACUCUUCUGCUUUGCACUCGUCGGCGUCACGCUGAUGUUGCUCUCCAUGUCCUACAUCGACAGGUUUGAAAGCCUCUUCAGCAUUCCUCCGUUCCGCAAUCGCUGGUGGGUGGCGUGCUGCGUGGUCCUUCUCCUCGUUAUUGUCCUCGUUGUCGCCACGCGGGUCACGCUUCACCGAAGGUACAUCUCCGCCGCGGACGCCGACGUCGAGCUCGCGACCGCGAAACACGCGCGUUUGUUGCCUUCGUUCGCCCGCGGAGACCCCGCCCGGGCCGUAUUGUCUGCGGCUGCGUUCGGCGUGCCUCGCAAAAUCGACGCCACGUUUCCUCCGUCUCCGCCGCAGGCGCCCUGGUCCGCAGGCGACGCGCGAGAAGCGGGCCCGCGCGACGCGACGCCGCACGAGGCGGCGGCGAGCAGAACCCGGAGGGCGCUUGAGCUCACCAGUCUCGCUUGGCCGCACUGGAGCCUGUGUCUGAUCGCGGUCAUUCUCUGGUUUUUCGUCAUCGUCACGGACGAGCUGGUGAAGCGCGUCGAGCGCCAGACGCAUGAACAGAAUCAAAAAUACCUCAAAGUUCUCUUUGCUACACGCCUAGGCAUGUGGAGCCCGAAGUAA